AUGGUUGGUCAGUUCAUCCCGUCGAGUGGAAACAAGUCGUUCAUAUUGUCAUGGGGCAUAAGAGAAAGCAGGGAAAUAUCACUGCAAAAAGGUUAUGUAAACAUUCAGAAGAUAGCCGAUAAUUUACAUUUAUCAAGUCAGCAUAUCGAAGCAGCACAAAGAAUUUAUUUAAUGGCAUUACAAAGAAAUUUUACCAUGGGUAGAAAUAAUUCCUAUGUUGCUGCAUCUUGUUUAUACACAAUAUGUAGGAGGGAAAAAUCUCCUAUCAUGUUAAUAGAUUUUAGUGAUAUAUUACAAACACCUGUAAAACCUUUAGGAAAAACUUUUUUAAAAUUAUUAAGAUUAUUACAUAUCAAUGUUCCAAACAUAGAUCCCUCUUUAUUCUUAGAAAGAUUUGCUCAUAAACUUAAUUUAAAGAAUGAUAUAUAUAAAGUUACUUAUACAGGUAUCAAACUCAUUCAAGCGAUGACAAGAGAUUGGAUAAGUACAGGUAGAAGACCAACAGGUUUAUGUGGUGCUGCUCUUUUAAUAUCAACAAGGAUGCAUGGUAUUCCAAUUAAUUCGAAUACGAUAGCUAACAUUGUUAGAAUUUCAAAUCCUACUAUUAUUAAAAGAUUGUCAGAAUUUAAAAAUACCAAUACUGCUAAAAUUAAAGCUAGCGAAUUUGAUUCAAUCAGUAUUAAUGAUAUACCUUCAAGUACUAUACCUCCAUGUGUUAUUUCGUAUAAUAAAAGAAAAUUAAAAUAUGAAAUAAUAGAAAAAAAUAAAACAUUAUCCUUGCUUCACUCCGAAGAACAGUUUACUGCUAGUACAAAAUCGUUAUAUGAUUCAGAGAAUCUAACGGAAGAAGUAUACACGCCAAAAAUUCUCGAUGACAGUAGUUCAUUGCGCAAUAGUGUUAUUAAUACCAUAUAUGAUGAUGUCUAUAAUGAUGCUGAUACUUGUAAUAACUUUUCUUUUGUGGAUAACCACUCAUCUUGUAAUGAGCUAGAAUAUUGCACUACGGUUAGUUGUGCUGUGAGUGAGGGUAGGGAUAUCGAAAGGGAUAAGCAAGGGGAAGAACAAAGGGAAAGGGAAAUGCAAAAGGGAGCGGAAGAGGGAAGAGAGAGGGAAAGAACGGACCUAGUAAAUAAUAUAGCACAAAAGAAAAAUCAAGAAAGUGGGAUUUUAUCGAAUAGUGGAAUAAAUUUAGAAGAAAUAUGUAAUGACAAUCCUGAGGGAAAUGAUAUAGAUAAUUUAGCAUUAAAAAUUAUGAACACUAUUAGUAUAGAAGGGAGUUGUGACAAGCUCAAAAUAAAUAAUAAUUUUGCAAAAAGUAAAGCAGGCAAGGCUUGCAGUAAUGGUGUUACUACUAGUAGUACAGGUAGUAUUGGCAGUAUUAGCACCACUGGCAGCAUUAAUGAAAAAGAGCACGAUAACGUAGAAAGGGAGUAUAUGAAACAGAAAGGGGAAGAAAAGGAUGUGGAUGCCUUAUCCAUGAAAUCCGUUUUUUCAAUUCCUAAUACAAACAAAAUGUCAGAUUUAGAGUAUUCAAUAACUACUUCACCCAUUUUAGACAAAGACAAUGAAUUAAAUAAAAGUAAUAUAACGUGUGCAUAUAGUUGUAAAAAUUUUGCAAACGCAGAUGAAAUAAGGGAGCCCCAAAAUAUUAGUAAACUUCAUAAUGCUAUGAAUAGUAAUAGUUGUAGUGAUUUUACAGGCUUUGAUGGUUGCAGUACUACUUAUCAGUUAGAUAAUCUAAGCCGUAGUAGCAAAACGAAUUUAUUUGAAGAAGAAUGUUCAAACAAAGGUAGCGAAUUGACAGAUAACAAUUUUUAUUGCUCUACCCUGAAAGAAACUGUAAACUCAGAGCUAAGUAGUGUACUUAAUGAUGUAGAUGAAUUUAACUAUUUAGAAUGUAAUAAUAUACAAGGUAAAAAUAUAAAUAAUACAGAAAUUGGAUGUAGUGACAAUAUCUUCAAUGGAUUGAAGAGUGCGAACAAUGUUAGCAGUGCUCUAACCGACUUGAGCUAUUUCUUUGAAAAUAACUCUAAUUGUACCAAUGACCAAAGUGUUAACUUCAAUUCAAACUCAGAUACAUCGAUAGAACCUGAUGAUGAAACAUUAAGCGACAUUUAUGAUAGUGAAAUGGAGAAUAUUAUGUUAUCUGAAAAGGAAAAGGAAAUAAAAAUGCUCAUAUGGGAUGACAUGAUGAAAAAUUAUUUACCACAUUUAUCAAAACAGUUGAGAAAAAAAAAGAAAAGAAAUAAUACUGAUAAUACUACGAAUGGAAAAAAUAAAAUGAGAAACAAACAAAAAAAAAAAGUAGAUGAUCUUCAGGAUACUCAAUCAACAGGAGAUUCUGUUUUGAGGGCUCUUGAAAAAUCAGACAGAAAUCUUUCUGGGAAAAUUAAUUACCAAGUAUUGAAAUCUCUUUUUUCCUCUUGA